UAUUAAUUUAUUAUCGCAUUCACUUUGAAGUCUGUACUCUGUGACUAUUAUGAAUUUAUUAUUUACAUUCUACAAUUUAGUAUUAAUAUCCAAUAUGUAAUUUGAAUUGAAUUGUUUAAUGUUUAUCAACCACCCAAAUUAAAAAUAUGUAGUAAUUUUAGAUACUUUACGUAUUCUUUUACGUACUUAAAUAUAAACGCGUACAUUUUUUCCGUGUAAUUAAUCUGUAGAAGCCUAUUUAAUUUAUACGGUUUAAAUUAAUAAUUUAAUUUAAAAACUAUAACAAACUAUAGCUUAAUUCACAAACAUUAAAAAAUAUAUAUUUAACGAAUAUGUUCAAAUAAUUAUUACAAAAAACUUAGGAAUUAGAACAAAGCUAACCUAUUUAAGAUGUUGUCGAGAAAAAAUAAAGAUACAAGAACUAUUAAAGAAGGAGUGGUUGGAAAAUAUGUUAAAAAAGACAAGCCACCUGAAAUACCAAAAUAUUGAUAUGAGAGAAUGUUACACUGUGAAGUUCAACCUUUUGUUUUUCACGUCUAUUUUUACUAUUUCAUUCAUAUGGUGAUAAUUUCUCUCAAUUGUUUUUGUUUGAUUUUAUUUGCCAAAUCAUGUUUACUAUGCAAUUUGUUUAUAAAUGUAUGGACCACAGAACCUUUCAGAAAAAAUAACAGCCGGACUAAUGUUUCAGAAUCUCCAAAUGUGAAUAAUACAAGCCAACUAAGUGGUUCAGUUCAAAAGUUUGGUAAUGUGAAAAAUACACCAUCUCCAUCAAUGCUAAUUGGCCACGAAGGAAAGUAUACUCCUAGUAGUUCUGUUCCUGAUUUAGCUCAAAAAUUUGCCAAUGCUAAUUUAUGGAGUAGUUCACCAGGUAUAGCUGCUGAUCAAUCAAUAAGUGUUAGAAAUUGUAGUAAUAGAUAUAUUUCCAAUGACUGCCACAUUAAUCAUCAAAUGGGAACACACACUAGCGCCACUUGUUUGCCUUACCAUUCACACUCAGAUUUAGCUGAGUCUUCUGUUAUUAUACAUGGAUUUGGUGACAAUACAAUUUAUUCACCAGCAUUGUCACAAUGUUUCCCAACUAUUCAAAUACAGCACAAGAAUGAAAUUAUUUCUACUCAUCAUUCCACUCCAGCUUUACAUAAUAUUGGACAGUCUGUUCCAAUACCUUUACCAUCAGGUGGAGGGGAAGAACUUCCCUUACCACCAGGUUGGUCAGUAGAUUUAACAUUAAGAGGUCGUAAGUAUUUUAUUGACCACAAUACUAAAACUACUCAUUGGUCACAUCCUUUAGAAAAAGAAGGUCUUCCUACUGGAUGGGAACGCAUUGAAAGCGACGAGUAUGGAGUAUAUUUUGUUAAUCAUAUUUCUCGACAAGCACAAUAUGAGCAUCCAUGUGCUCCUCACUAUAUCUAUCAACCAGAAGUGAGAAUUCCAUUGCCACUUCUACCUCCACCACCACCAAGACCUACUCAUUUCCAUUCUCAUAAUAUGCUUGUGCCUGCAAAUCCUUACCUAAAUCAAGAAAUUCCUGUAUGGCUCAGUGUGUAUUCUCAAGCAGCACAAACAUUAGACCAUAAACUCAGAUGGGAAAUGUUUCGGUUACCAGAACUUGAUUGUUUUAAUGCUAUGUUAACUCGAUUAUACAAACAGGAAUUAGAAGAGAUUGUUAUGCGUUAUGAAGUUUACAGAUCUGCAUUAUUGUAUGAAAUGGAUAGAAGACAUAUGCAAUCUCGAUAUAUUGAUACCAAUGAGUAUAACCAUUAUGGACCAGGGCUACGUAUUAUUGAUGUAACUAAUGAUAAUUUAAGAGAAGUUGCCCUUUCACAACAUACUGAAACUAAAGUUUAAUUAUUAAGUAUUAAAAUUUAUUUUUUUAUUAUAUUGAUCAAGUUAUAUAUUACACUAUUUUUGUAUACCAUUGCUAUGGUUAAUUACUUAAUGAUAAUAUGGAUUAUAUUAACAUAUAAUUAGGGUUUUUCUACAAUACUGUGAUAAUUUAUUAAUGAUGUAAUUAUUACUAUUGUAACUAAAAUAAAAGGAUAUGGUUGAAAUACUACUACUAUUAUUUGUAAUUUAAAAGAGGUAAUAGAUUUUAUAGUAGUUACUAAGUUUUUAAAGCUUUAAGUACUAAUUUAAUUUUUUUAGAUGUACUUACUUAAUUGUUAUUAAUAAUGUGGAGGCAUAAACUUUUUUAUUCAGAGACGCUAUUUUUAGACCAAAAACCAAACCUCUCUUCGAGUACAUUUUUUUCUAGUUGUAACCACAGGAUAAAAUAUAUCUUAUUUCUUGAUUGUAACUGAUACAGUACGUAAUCAAUUUCAAAUACCUUUUUUAUUGAUACAAAUUUAACAAUAUUGAAAUCAACCACAAAUGUAAAUGAUAUUUAUACUCCGUUCAAAAUAAGAAAGGUAUACUGGUUUUUGACAACAGUGGUCAGAUGCUUCUUCCUUCAAUGCUGGUUAGGUUUGGCAAGUCAAAGCUUCGGAGCAAAGCCAAACUUAUGCUUAUAAGUAAACCGUCCAGUACCUUUCUUAUUCUGCAUAGAGUAUUGUAUUUAUAAAAUUAUUUUGAAAAAUAUGGGUAUAUCAUUACAUUCAUAUCAAUUAGUUUUCUAAAAGUAGGUUAGGUUAGGUUUAGUCCACUUGGUAGCGAAGAAGGGCGCCUCCCAGGAUGCCUAUUGUUGUAAAACAUUUUUUUUGCACAAUAAACCAUGGGGACCGGUGGAGAAGCAAUGCCAACUCCAGUUCCUCCCCCGGUUCUUGAUAACACAAGAAAAAAAAAAUAUUAGGUUUAGUUAGGCGAGCUAGACUAGCUUAACUAAAAAUAAUUUUUUAUAUAUAGUAUGAGUAAGCUCAAUUAUAUGUAUUUUGCAUACUUUACAUUGGUGGUAUACCUAAAAUUUUUUUAUUUUUUUAAGUUUAAGAUAUCAGUUCUUAAACUUAGAAGGUUUAUAGGGUAUCAAUAUUUGGGUCUUAGAGUUAAUACUUUUAAGAGGACGCCAUACUCGCAUGCUUUGUUUCAGUCUUACGAACUCAUAACAACAUUAUAAGAGAACAUUUUAAAAUGAACAAACAAUUUACUAUUUUAAAAUGCUCAUAAUUUGCUUUAAAAUUGAAAAAUAAAAAAACCAGGAUCAUCACUAGAUAGUAUUCUUUUUACUAAAUUUGAUUAUAGGUUAAUUCACUCUAAGAUUAAACAUAAUUAAGUUAAAUUAAUUAUUCAGAAAGUACAAUGUGCUAUGUUAUACAUUUGUAAGACUGAAAUAUAGCAUGCGGGUAUGGCGUCUACACAAAAAUUAUCUAACACUAUUUUUGUUCAUUAAAAAAUAAUAAAAUAUAUUUACACAUAGUUUAAAAACGGCAUAUAUCUUAAUCGCACUUAUGUAUCAUACAUAAUAAUUAAUGUACUUAAUAAUCAUUCAAUUUUCAAAAUAAUAUCCAGUAAUAGCCUAUGACUAGGAGG